UACAGUCUAUGGCACGGACUUGUUGGUCGUCUGUACGGACACAGGGGGCAGCAGUGAGCUGGCGGUUCUGCGCAGUAGCCGCAACAGCAUGAGAAGAAGAAGACGCUGAACUCCUAUUGGGUGCAUGCUCCAGAAAGUGAUAAUGGAGCAGGAAGAGAUGGAGAUGAGCAAAGAGGAGCUCCAAAAGUGGAUCAGAAAGAAGGUACAGAAGAACAAGCUGAUCUCCUCCGACAUGCUCGAGACAUUCAAGUUGCUGCAAUCUCUGCUGGAAAAGAGGGAGAAACGGGCCGUCCAACUCCUGAAGCUCUGCGAGUCUGUUUCAGCAUGUGAGGCGAUUGUGGAGGAACAAUACUCCCUGCUGGGGUGGAAAUACAAAGACACAGAAUCUGAUGAUGAUGAUGAUGGUGGUAAUAAUAUAACAGACUGUGGAUAUACAGACCUCAGCUCUUCAAUCACCGGCAGCCUUAAUCUUCUGUUACCAAAACUAAAGGACAGUGAGAACCUCCGUAGAGCCACUUACAAAAAAGUCUCAAUCAGCCUUAAAAGAAAACCAGUGGUGGUCUUGACUAGACUUUCUAGAUCUGAGAUUAGUUCUUUCUGUCGUCCGAAACCAGAUGAUCCUGUAAGCGAAGAGUCCUACAGCGGUUCGGAUACGUGGGAGCCAGGAGACGACUCAAGUGAUUCUGAUUAUUCUAUCUCAAGUAGUAAAACUGGGUCAAACAAGAGAAGAAGAAUAGAUAGAGGAAAUGGAACACUCUCUAAGAGUCGAGCAACACGCCAAGCUAGCACAAGUUCAAAUGCUGAGAGCGAGGGAACGAAAACAUCAACAAGUGCCAAUACCAUUGCGAAGAGAAAAGUACAGAAGACUUUGACUCCCAAAGGAAGUGCCAAUACUGAUGCGGAAAGCAAUGCAUCAAAGACAUCAACACCCCCAGCUAGUACCAAUACUCUUGCUAAGAGCAACGUGCUGAAAACUCCAAAAGAAAGGGCCAAUACUGAUGCUCAGAGCAAUGCACCAAAGACAUCACUACCUCAAACUUGUACCAAUACUGAUGCUCAGAGCAGUGCACCAAAGACAUCACCACCCCAAACAAGUGCCUGUACUAAUGCUCAGAGCAAUGCAUUGAAGAUAUCUGCACCCCAAACAAGUGUCUGUACUGAAGCUCAGAGCAAUGCAACAAAGACAUCACCACCCCAAACAAGUGCCUGUACUAAUGCUCAGAGCAAUGCAAUGAAGAUAUCACAAACCCCAAUUGGUGCCCUUAUGAGCAUGACAACAUCGGCACUAAAUAACAACGGAAUAAUCCCAAAGUUUAUUUGCAAAUUAAAACAUGCCAAGACCCCUCCACCGGGGCCGACAGAAAUCAUUGUGAAAAUGAAUGUCCUGGCAAAAAGGAAGCCCAUGAGCUGGCAGCGCGGUCAAGUCACAGAAAUUAUAACAAAGGAAGAUGGUACCCUGAAAUACAAGAUCCUUUUUGAGGAUAAGGGGAAGAGCCUGGUCAGGGCUCACCACAUCGCGUAUGACUACAGGCCAAAGCUGGACCAGCUGUCUGUCGGUGCUCGUGUGGUGGUCCAGCCUGAUCCUGGCAAGUGCACGUUCUGCCCCGGCAUCCUAGGGGAACUCCCCAGCAGAAAGAACCGCAUGAGGUUCCUGGUCUUUAUGGAUGAUCACACCCCCGUCUAUGUUGGCUUGCUUCUUCUUAACCUGGUGUGCAAACCAUUGACGGACCCUUUGGAUGAUAUUCCAGAUGGACACCACAAGACUUUCUUGAAGAAGUAUCUGAAUGCCUGGCCUUACCCUCCCCAGACCCAGUACAGGGUUGGACAGUCAGUUAAUGUGGAGUUUAACGGAGUCGUGCAGAGGUGUGAGGUGCAGAUUGUCGACAGCAGCUUGAUAGAGGUCCUCUCGGCGGAUGAACAAAAGGCGUGGGUCUACCGAGGCUCCACAUGCUUGCAUCACAUGAGUUCGAUGAAGGAGCUUUUGGAGGAGAAACACAAGGACUAAGGGAAGAAGCAGAAGUAAAAGUCAUCCACAGUCAAUGCAUCAGCAAAAUCAGCACAGCAAUGGAACAAUGAAUGCCUUUAGAGAGCUGGAUGCUGCAUUACAAGGUGGUUUUUGGGGUCCACAAUGGGAGUGACUCGAAAGGGUCUUGGCACCAUGAAAUGCAUGCAUGCAUUAUUUGUUUAUAAGUGUUUUUGUAUUUUUGUGUUCUUAAAUAAAAAUUCUUAUUUUAUGACUUUCUGAUCUGAUUUUGAACUUGUUAGAAAUGAGCAUCUACUCUAAAACUAGAUGAAGAUAACUGCAAACUAUGGAAAACAAAAUAAACCGUUAAACAGUUCACAAUAACCGAAAGCAUGAUGUACCUUUAGUUGUACCAGGCAUUAAAAUAAAAAAGAAA